AUGUUUGAAUUUGCCAAAACAUUUUCUUCGUUAAUUGAUGAAUCGAAUGUCACGAAACAACAAAAGAAACUUUAUUUUGUGUGUGGUAAUGAAGCAGCUGCAGCAACAGCAUACUCGUGUCUAAGUCAACAAUUCAUUGCUUCUAAUGAUUUAACCUCUUCCUCGUUAUACUUUCCUAUCAUUCAAAUUCCAAGAUCUGAUCUUUACUUACGACCUGAAUGUUCUUACGUAUUUAAUGAAUGUAAUUUUUCCACACUCACAUCACAACUACUUUUCCUAGACGACGUAUCAACUUAUUUAGACCAAUUAUCUUCAAAAUAUGAUGUAAACUUAAUUCUGGUAGAUCAUAAUAAAUUAAUUUCUCCUUGGGAUGGGAAAUUUAAUGAUAAAAUAGUUGCAAUUUUGGAUCAUCAUUCAGACGAAGGGUUAUAUUCAUAUCUCAAUGAUAAGUGUCGUCAAAUUGAAAAAGUUGGUUCCACUACUUCAUUGGUCGUAUUACAUUUUAAAAAUGAUUGGGAAAAACAAAUUUCUCGAGAUGUGGAUGAGAAAUCUUGGCACAAUAAAUUAGCUAAAUUAUUAUUAGCUCCAAUUUUAGUAGAUACAUUAUUAUUAGACGGAUCUAAAGGAAGAGUAAAUAAUAAAGAUCGAGAAGCAACUCAAUUUUUAUUGGAUGUAUUAAAAAUUCCUAAAUCUAACCAAGAAAAUUUUAAAAAUAAAUAUUUCGAAGAAAUUCAAGCUGUUAAACUUAACGUUACUCAUUUUUCAAAUAUCGAUCUUUUGCAUAAAGAUUACAAGGAGAAGGAUUUAGAUGAUUUUAAAAUUGGUAUAAGUAGUGUACCUUGGUUUUUAGAGGGUUGGAUUAAUCGUGAAAAUGAUGACAUAAAUAAACUCAUCGAUUCGAUUAGAUCUUUUUCAAACAAAAAUAAGUUGGAUAUAUUUAUUAUAAUGUUGACUUAUGAUCAUAAAGGAUUUAAACGGGAGCUUGUGUUUCUCUCCAAGGAUGAUAAAUUCAUUAGGGACAACUUUAUUCAGCAAUUGGAAAAUGUACUACAAUUGAAACGCAUAUCUUUAACGACCAACGUGGAUCAUAUUAAAUUUUAUAAACAGGAGAAAACUUCAAUUUCAAGGAAGGAAUUAUUUCCAUUAUUAAUUGAAUUAAUUCUCACAACAAAUAUAUAA